CGGGCCUCUGCUUGUUACAGCUGCGGGGGUAGUCGUGUCAUCGCACUCAACACACAGAAGAAGGCUUUGAACCCCGCGGGCCUCCCUCCGAGGCAGGCAGUCCGCAGGCGCCCAGAGCAGACGUUCGUGAAGCUAGAGGCGCCUGGCGCCGUCCCGCCUGCAGGGGGCUCCCUCGCUCCUCGCCUCCCCCCGCCCUUGCGCUAGACAAGGGCGCAUGCGCACUCAGCAGUUCCACAGCCCUUCCCUCCCCGCUUCCCCUUCAACUGCCCACGCCUGCGCAGUCCCGGAAGCGUUGGACCAAGCGGCGGCUGGGCUGCCCGGCGCGCCUGCGCGGGAAAUGUCCUCUCGCGCAUGCGCCGAGGCCAGGCUGGGGGCGGGCGCCUUAGUCUCCGCGCGCCCAGGGUCGUAACGGUUGUCGCGAGGGGAAGGGGCGGGGCGGGUGAGGGAGCGCGCGCGCGCGCAGCAGCAUCAGCAACCGCCGCCUCCGCAGCAGCAACCACCGCCGCCUGGUCACUCAAGUGCAGCCACUGAUUACGAGAUGUUUCCAAAAAAUCUACCUCAGACCUUGCUCUUACGCAUUCAUGUGCUGCAUCAUUACAACUCCCAACAGGAGGCCUGCAGAUACUCUUGAAAGUCUCAGAACAGACUGACACGAAACUAGAACGUGAUGACCUAGUAAUUGGUUGAAGCCUGAAACAUUCUUGAUUUAGGAAUCCAAGAUAAUACUGCCUAGUAUUAUAAUUUUAAAGGCUGCAGACAUCUCCUGCUGUUUCUUCUUACUCCAGAAACAUUCAUUUGACCUCUUUCUGCAGAAAUAUAUCGUCUUCUCUAAUCUGGUUCUGGAAGUAUUAAUGGAAUACAGUCAUGUCUACCCAGGACGAAAGGCAGAUAAAUACCGAAUAUGCUGUGGCCUUAUUGGAGCAGUUCAAGUUAUUCUAUGAUCAGCGGUUGCUCACUGACAUAGUGUUGAUUGUAGAGGGCACCGAAUUCCCCUGUCAUAAGAUGGUUCUUGCAACCUGUAGCUCUUAUUUCAGGGCCAUGUUCAUGAGUGGGUUAAGUGAAAGUAAGCAAACACACGUACAUCUGAGGAAUAUGGAUGCAGCCACUUUAAAAAUCAUUAUAACUUACUCCUACACGGGUAACUUGGCAAUAAGUGACAGCACGGUAGAACAGCUUUAUGAGACUGCUUGCUUCUUACAGGUAGAAGAUGUAUUGCAGCGAUGUAGAGACUAUUUAAUUAAGAAAAUUAAUGCAGAAAAUUGUGUGCGGUUAUUUAGUUUUGCUGAUCUCUUCAGCUGUGAAGAAUUAAAACAGAGUGCUAAAAGAAUGGUAGAGCACAAGUUUACGGCUGUAUAUCAUCAAGAGGCUUUCAUGCAACUGUCACAUGAUCUACUGAUAGAUAUUUUAAGCAGUGAUAAUUUAAAUGUGGAAAAAGAGGAGACAGUUCGUGAAGCUGCUAUGGUAUGGCUGGAGUACAACACAGAAUCACGGACAGUUCGUGAAGCUGCUAUGGUAUGGCUGGGGGACAACACAGACUCACCAUCGCAGUAUUUAUCUUCUGUUCUUAGCCAAAUCAGAAUUGAUGCACUUUCAGAAGUAACACAGAGAGCCUGGUUUCAAGGUCUACCACCUAAUGAUAAAUCAGUGGUGGUGCAAGGAUUGUAUAAAUCUAUGCCCAAGUUCUUCAAACCAAGACUUGGCAUGACUAAAGAGGAGAUGAUGAUAUUCAUUGAAGCUGCUGCUGAAAGCUCUGGUAGUCUUUAUUCUUCUGUCUGUUACAGUCCCCAGGCAGAAAAAGUUUACAAGCUUUGCAACCCUCCUGCUGACUUGCAUAAGGUUGGAACACUUGUGACUCCUGAUAAUGAUAUCUACAUAGCAGGUGGACAGAUUCCUCUGAAAAACACAAAGACCAAUCACAGUAAAAGUAGCAAACUUCAGGCUGCCUUCAGAACUGUGAAUUGCUUUUACUGGUUUGAUGCACAGCAAAACACAUGGUUUCCAAAGACCCCAAUGUUGUUUGUUCGUAUAAAACCUUCUUUGGUCUGCUGCGAAGGAUACAUCUAUGCAAUUGGAGGAGACAGUGUAGGUGGCGAACUUAACAGGAGAACUGUGGAAAGAUAUGAUACUGAAAAAGAUGAAUGGACCAUGGUGAGCCCAUUGCCUUGUGCAUGGCAAUGGAGUACAGCAGUAGCUGUUCAUAACUGCAUUUAUGUAAUGGCACACAACUUGAUGUACUGUUAUUUUCCCAGAUCCGAUGCUUGGGUAGAAAUGGCUAUGAGACAAACUAGUAGAUGUUUUGCUUCAGCUGCCGCUUUUGGUGAUAAAAUAUUCUAUAUUGGAGGACUGCAUAUUGGCAGCAACUCUGGUAUAAGACUCCCAACUAGCACUGUAGAUGGGUCUUCCGUAACUGUGGAAAUCUAUGAUGUGAAUAAGAAUGAGUGGAAAAUGGCAGCCAAUAUCCCUGCCAAGCGUUAUUCUGAUCCUUGUGUUAGAGCUGUUGUGAUCUCCAAUUCUUUGUGCGUCUUUAUACGAGAAACCCACAUGAAUGAGAGAGCCAAGUAUGCCACCUACCAAUAUGAUCUGGAACAUGAUCAGUGGUCUCUGAGACAGUCUAUAUCAGAGCGUGUACUCUGGGACUUGGGGAAAGACUUCCGGUGCACUGUAGGAAAACUUUAUCCAUCUUGCCUCGAGGAGUCCCCAUGGAAACCUCCAACAUAUCUCUUUUCAGCGGAAGGACCUGAUGAGUUUGAGCUGGAUGGGAUGGUUACCUUAUAGCUCCCAAAUUUAUAGACUCUAUUCCUGAUUCUGUGCUCAUUUUACCAUGGAAGGAACUCUUAUGAAAGAACAGGGCUGGAAAUAGAAACAUUAUACCUGUCUUUCAUAAAUUGUAUUUUUAUGCCCUACUUAAUAUUUGCAGCCAUUCAGUGAAUUUUUAUGAGCAGAUAUGCUUCCAUAAUAUGAAAUGCUCCGAUAAUUGAGAAACUUGUAUGUAUAUCAUGAGCUUAAGCAUCUGACUAUUGUCUGAAGAAUUAACUUCUAGUCCUAUAAAGUCUUGGUUCAGGAAAAUUUUGCUUUACAAAAGCAGCUGUAUCUAGGACGGUAUGUCACAAUUGUUCUGAUAGUAUCUUCCAGUUAUAUUUGAACUACUUCUGGAUAUUCUACUCAAGUGCUAGUUAAUUGUCAGUGUAGUGUAAUGGACUGUGCUGCACUUAACAUUAAUAUCCAUGUUGGUAUAGCAAUGCCAUUAAAAGAAUAAGAAACAAAUCCCAUGGAUCUACCUGUGGUAGGAAGGGUAGAUCUUCCAUUGUAUGUAACAUGCAGGGCAAAAUAAAUGACUGCCGGUUCAGUCAAGCUGUAUUGUUAGGUGCAUGUAGUCUAUUUUCACUAACUUAUACCUGUCCAUUUAGAAUACAGGUCUUCCAAGCAGCUGGUAGUUUACCAGGUGUGGACUUAAGUUGCUGGGCUUGCAAUAGGAAUUGCCAGCCUCUCAUAGUGCGGGUCUGUGUGGAGCUUUAAUCACUAAAUGUCUCCACAUUCUGUAUUACGAUAACAUUGGCUCAUGUAUAUUACUUCCUGCUGCUGAUGUAUUUUUUCCAAUGUAAAACAGAGUUUUAGUGUGGAUUAACCAGGUCUUUAUUUUCUGUUUAAUUUAAUAACAAGCAUUACUGUAGUGUGAUUGUGUAUAGAUAUCCCUUAGCUAUCAGGUUUUUUACUUUUUUUGGGGGGGGGGGGAGAGCAAAUUGUUCAGGAAUAUCCUGUGCUGUAUGUGCAGGAGAGCAGAUGACUAGUGCUGCUCUGGCAUUAAUCCCAGGAACCACUAGCAGUAGCGGGGCGCCGCCAAUCUAAUAUGAACACAGGUGCUUCAUGACAAACCUUACUAGCAUGUUCAGCUGCAUCAUGUUCUAGCACUGUAUUUUGAAUGACAUUAAUUUAUUAAAAAAGACUGAAUCUCU